AUGUUUCGACGAGUGUCGAGACGAGGGUUUAAUGCGAUUUUACGGACGACGUAUUCGUCGGCGGCGAGGAGUGUCGACACCUUUAACGAGAAGUUGAUGUUGCCUCUAAAAAACGUAUCUUCUCGGUCUUCUCGAGUAAAUAAGGAGAGCUGCUUUUUUUACGACCGAAGAAAAAAUUGUAACUCUGUGAGGACGGUUUCGACGACGACGAUUCAGACGACGGAUUUUGCGUUCCACCGAGGCCACCGACGGAGGAUGAAUACUACGCGCGACGAGGACGAGACCCAGAGGAAGACGACGAUUUCAAAAAAGCUGCGGCGCGGCGUAUCGUCGUCGUCGAUGAAAUCGGGUCAAGAGUCCACCAACAGACGCUUAUCGGAAGCGUUUUCGAAGAACUUAGUCGACGACAUUUAUCGCGGUUCGUUUCGGAACCAAACGGGCGUGUCGUUGAAGUACAUGAUGGAUUUUGGGAACCAUCCGAGAGAUCAGCAGUUGUUAUUUUCUGCGCAGUUUUUACACAAAGAGCUGCCGAUUCGAUUGGCGCACAGAGUCGCGGAGUUGGAGAAUUUACCGUUUGGUUUGAGCACGAAACCGCAGGUGUUGACGGUGAGAGAUUGGUACGUCGAGUCCUUCGAGGAUAUUCGAGAGAUGAAGGAGAUAAACUCGAUGGAGCGGGAGGAGAAGUUUACGGAGUUGUUGUCGUCGGUGAUGAAGAGGCACAACGACGUGGUGCCGAUGAUUGCCAGAGGGGUGUUGGAGUUGAAAAACGAGCUCGCGGAGAAGAGUAAGAAAGGAGGAUCGCACGGCAGUAGUAGUACUAAUAAUAAUAAUAACAACAACAACAACAAUAGUAGUAGUAGCAUCGAUGCUAAUCGCAUAGCGCACUUACCGGAAAUUCACCAGUUUCUAGAUGGGUUUUACAUGUCCAGAAUAGGCAUGCGGAUGUUGAUUGGACAGCACGUGGCGUUACACGAGCCACCGAAAAAAGACUACGUUGGUCUCAUUUGUACGAAAACGAGAGCUUUAGAGGUCUGCAAAGAUGCCGUGGAUGACGCGAGAGCGUUGUGCGCGAGACAAUACGGCGACGCGCCGGAGGUUGAAAUUUUCGGGGAUCCGAAUUUGACAUUUGCGUACGUUCCUGGGCACAUUCAUCACGUGGUAUUUGAGUUAGUAAAGAACUCGUUGCGAGCGGUAGCGGAGAGAUAUAAAGAUUCGGACGUACCACCACCGGCGAUUAGAGUGGUUGUCGCUGAAGGCAGCGAAGACGUGACCAUCAAAAUUAGCGACGAAGGCGGCGGUAUUCCUCGGUCUGGAUUGAAAGAGAUUUGGACGUAUUUAUAUUCAACCGCGGAUUCGCCUUUACAAGAGAUGGAGUUUAGCGAGGCAGGCGCUGGUUCGACGCCAGUAGUUUUAGCGGGGUAUGGGUACGGUUUACCGCUCAGUCGUUUGUACUGUCGGUAUUUCGGUGGGGAUUUGCAAGUGCUGUCCAUGGAUGGGUACGGAACAGACGCUUACGUGCACUUGAAUAGAUUAGGAACGGGUACAGAACCGCUACCGUAA